CUCAAAAAAUGGGGGAUAUUGGAGACCUAAAGUCCCAAAUAUUCCCUCUCUUAAAAACAAUAUUUUACUCAAAAUAAUAAUAAUAAUAAUCUAACAAAAAUCCAAACACCUCCCGGAAUUCUGUUCUUUGGGCGCUCACAGGCACCCACACACAAACACCCAAUUCCCUCAACAAUUUUAGAGAGAGAAAACCAAAAUUAAGAAGAGAGAGAAAACUAAAAAUUAAACAACAAUUUUUAACUCUUGUUCUUCUUCUUCAUCAUCAUAACUUUGUUUCUUCUCCUUUUUUAUUUCUAUAUUUUCUGAAGUCAGCGUAUAUUGUAUUUCUUGCAUAUUACUACUAUCAUUAUCUUAAUUUAGUAUUAUAUUUCACAUCAUAAAUCAUACUUCAUUAGAUUAUAAUACAAACACAAUAUUUUUCAUUCAUAAUUUUAUAUUACUAUAGUACAAGAAAAUUAAAUAAAGACCCAAAAUUUGUCGAAAUAUCAAUACCAAAUCACCCAGAAAAAAAAAGAAAUUUCUGGGUUUGUCAAGAGCUUCAAACUCAGAUCUGUAGAAAAAUCUGAUAUUAUUGGUGGGUGUUAGUUGUAAAUAGAGUGGUGGAGGUGGGGUUAAGAUGGAUUUGGAUGAUUUCAGAGGAAUAUUGGGAAAUUCAGGGGUAGAUAUUUGGGGGAUUAUAGAUACUGCAAUAAAGGUAGCAUCUUUAGAUUAUGGAGAUGAGCUUAGACUUAGAAGAGAUGGUAUUGUUGAGAAAUUAUACACAAAUUGUCAUAACUGUGAAGCUGCAAUUUGUAAUGAUAAUAAAACUAAUAAUGGGUUUGUUACUAAUGCUGUGGUUGAGGCUGUUUUUGGGAGUGAAAGGGAGAUGAAUCCUAGGAAAUCGAAUUCGCCUUCUACCCCGGUUUCGAUCCGUGGUGGGGAUGAUGUUGAUGAGGAGGCUGAGGUGGAUGUGGAGGAGGAGUUGGAGCAAGAAUUUCAGGGGAGAAGGUUUGUUGAGAAUGAGGAAGAUGAUGAGGAAGAUGAUGAGCUUAGGAGGAUUCUUUCUGUUAGAGAACAGAUUGAAGACACUAAUCAGUCUGAGGAUUCAUUGGUUGAUUUGCUUCAAAGUUUAGCUGAUGUUGAUAUUACAUUCAAAGCUCUUAAGGAAACUGAUAUUGGGAGGCAUGUGAAUCGAUUGAGGAAGCAUCCGUCAGGCGAUGUUCGGAGAUUAGUUAAAGUUCUAGUCAGAAAAUGGAAGGACUUGGUUGAUGAAUGGGUUAGGUCAAACACACCUGGUGAAGUUCAAUCCUCAAAUAAUCUUAUUGUAGAUGGAGACUCGCCGCUGCAGACUGUUUCAAAGAAUCAUCAAAAUGGCAAUCACAAUCAGGUUCCUGAUUUCGCCUACUCGCCUAAUCCACACAAUGGAAGUUUUGUAUCUGAUAAAAAUAUUUCGGAGAUGGAACCUAAGAGAAAAGCUCCUCUCCCUCCUCCCCGUAGAGAUCCUCCAGCCAGGCCGAUGAAGAGUUCUUCACCAGCAUCAGCUCCUCCACCCAAUAAACAGAAAGAGGUGCGAAUUGACCCAGAUAGGCUGGCGUCUGCUAGGAAACGGCUUCAGGAGAACUACCAAGAAGCUCAAAAUGCCAAAAAGCAAAGAACAAUCCAAGUGAUGGACAUCCACGAAAUACCGAAACCAAGGAAUUCUUUCUUUGGAAGAAACAAAGGUGGCUUUCAGAGGCAUUAGUGGAUUGUCUUCUUAGCUUUUCAAGAAAGCUAAAAAGGAUUAUAGAGAAACAGUAUCACCAACACACAAGGCUUUCAGAACCAAAUUGGAAGAAAGCCUGAUGAGAAUGAGAAGAAAAAAGAGGAAAGUAACGGUUUUUCGUUGUCCACGCAAUAUUUUGAGUACUACGUAUAAUUUUUAUUUUUUUUCUGGAACUAUGUUCCCCGUUUUGAUGAUCCCCCAAUCGGUUUCGAUCAUUCUUAGUAAUUUGUUAAAGCAUUACAAUAAUUAAGUUGUGGACUGACUUGAGUAAGGGGGUUUCCCAAGUGGUGGUUUUGCUGGUUUGUACAAAAGUUUGAAACUACCUUGUUUCUAUAGAAUUUUGAUAGGAAUAUUCUCCCUUACAUGUGAAAAUACUGAGUUGGGUUUCUCCCUUUCAUCGUCUAUGUUCUAAUUCUUCUCCUAACCACCACGCCUCGGGUAGAAUUGGGGGAAGGAGAAGAGUUCGGAACAGGAUGAGACAUGAUCUAAAAUGCCAUUACAGUAUUACACUGAUGCAUUAAGUGUCCUUAAGCCGAUGCUACAAUUCUUGACAGCAAAGGUGGGCGAUUUUUGGAAAAAAAAGUGUUGUACUUUUGCCUUAGGGAGUGUGCAAAAUCUGUGAGAUGAUGUGCAUAAUUGUAAUAUUUCCAAAUUUGUACAAAGUCUGGUGUUCCCACCAUUUUUGCAA